CAUGGCGCUCGGCCGUGCUGCUCUGCUGCUCUCCGCUCCUCGUGGCAGUUCGAACCGAAUUGUGAUACCGAGACUUAGUUUAGCUUGCGUUUACCUCUCGUCUCUCGCGGGUCAGUUAGGCUCGCGCUUUCGAGCCGCCAGCACCGGCUGUGUUUUUCUCCUUCUCUCCCUCUUUCUCUCUCUCUCUUUCUCUCUCUUCCCGGUGAUCCUUCCCGAUCGCGAUCGAUCGGUGGCGAUUCAUUGAUACAUCUUCGGCCGCCUCCUUUUCGCGCAUUUUUUUUCGACUUCUUCGGUCUUUCUUCUUUGGUGCGGAUCGUUCCCGACCGCGCGAGGCACAUGCGAACCGACGUUCGUCGAAGAAGAUAGUCCUCGGACCAGACUGAAUCUCGCCCGUUUUCGAGAUGUGGACCGCACACUGCCAGAAUUUAGUGUUCAUCGCCUUAGUGUUCCUGCCCUCUAUUGCGAGAGGUAUACCUGACUACUCCGGACUGCCACCGGGACCGUACUGCGCCUCAAGGUAUCGCGCCGGCAGUUGCUGCGCAGGACGAAAGGACGAGUGUAGCGCGCCGGUACAUUACAUCACCAAGACUUAUUGCUACUGCGACGACUUCUGCGAUCGGGUUCGCGAAGAGGAUUGCUGCCCGGAUUACUGGCGUCAUUGCAAAAAUAUCACGAUUACCACGGAUCCGCCGGCGACGUUCAGAAGAUGUUUCUUCCAGGGGAGAGAGUACAAUCACGGACAAACGCUAAAAGUCAAUUGCAAAAUGUGCAAAUGUUCCUCGCUCAACGAACGCGCCGAAGUGCUCUGCGAGGAGAACCGAUGUCUGAUUGAACCGGAAUUAAUAGAAGAGGUCAACUUGCAAGGAUCCACUUUAGGAUGGCAGCCGGGCAAUUACUCGGAAUUCUGGGGAAGGACGCUUCGAGACGGCGUGCAGCUUCGUUUGGGUACUCUGAAUCCGUCUCAGUCCGUUUAUAAAAUGAAUCCAGUGCGACGUAUCUACGAUCCGGACGCGCUCCCACGGGAAUUCGAUUCUAGGACACGUUGGCCGCGCGAUGUAUCGCCCAUUCACGAUCAGGGAUGGUGCGGCGCGUCUUGGGCUGUGUCCACGGCCGACGUCGCGUCCGACAGAUUUGCGAUCAUGAGCAAAGGCACCGAAGACGUCGAUCUGAGCGCGCAGCAUCUAUUGUCCUGCAACAACAGAGGACAACAAGGCUGCAGAGGCGGAUAUCUCGACCGCGCCUGGCUCUACAUGAGGAAAUUCGGACUGGUCGACGAGGAGUGCUAUCCUUGGACCGGCAGGAACGAUCAGUGCAAACUACACAAGAGGAGCGAUCUGAGAGGAGCCGGUUGUCGAAACCCGCCGAAUCCGCUGAGAACGGAGCUGUACAAGGUCGGGCCGGCCUAUCGACUGGGCAACGAGACCGACAUUAUGCAGGAGAUCUUGACUUCUGGCCCCGUGCAAGCCACCAUGAGAGUCUACCAGGACUUCUUCGUUUACAAGAGCGGAGUGUACAAGCACUCGCGGAGUGCGGAGUUGUACGAUUCAGGCUAUCACUCGGUGAGAAUACUCGGCUGGGGCGAAGAGCCGUCUUAUCGCGGUCCACCGCUAAAGUACUGGCUGGUCGCGAACUCCUGGGGCUACGACUGGGGACAGAACGGACUCUUUAAGAUCUUGAAGGGUAGCAACGAGUGCGAGAUCGAGUCGUUCGUGCUGGCGGUCUGGGCGAAGACAUUAUAAGAAACAAGGAGGGAUUACUAAAAAACAACAAAAAAAAAAAGAAAACAAACAGAAGCAAUACUAGUAUAUAUAUCCGAUUGU